GUGAUUUUUGCACUUUUCAAUUAGUCGGAGGAGGGUUUAUUUACACCUUUUUCCUUGUUUUUUACUACUCCAAAUCUCCAAUACUCUGUCUAUUUUUUGCUUCGCUACAAACCUACAAGUAGGAAGUUUUAGGACACGUCGAACAAAGUUUUAAGGUUCCACACGUGGCAUGAUGAUUGGAAGAAUUUAAAAGGCGAUUGCGGAUUCCGUUGAUUGAGGCUUAUCAAAGUCCCCAGAAGUGGUUAAAAAUCAUCAUUUUCCUUUGACAUUGUGUCCACACUAAUUCUCUCUUCAUCGACUCCAAAUUACCCUUUUUGCACAAUUUGUGCCAUGAUUCUUGCAUUUACAAUCAAACAACAAACAGUUAUGCACAUACAUUCUUAGAACUGCAGAAAAUAUAUCCCGAAUACCUGAAAAUUAGAAAAGUGGGGAUUAGACUUCACAGUUUAGAGCGAAUAAAGUUUUGGUCAACCAUCGUAGUAACGAGGUGUUAAUUCUGAUGGUCGUUUACAAAAGAUCAUACCUACUACUCUACUAGUCUACUACCAGUUUCUAACAAAAUUCUAAUAGUCUGUUGUUUUACAAUUCUGGCUUUUGACUUUUAUUUUUUCACUUUUGGUUCUUCCUAUGCAAAUUUUCUCAGGAUAAGUUACUUAGGCUAUGUUUGGGAUGGGCUAUUCAGCUCAUUAUGGGCUGGAAUACAUAAUUUCAGACGAUCAUGGAGAAAGUAGUCUUGUUUGGACAACAAGCUACAUUGAACUGAAAUAGAAAAAAAAUGACUGAAACCUAACGCUAUCAAACGAAGCGUUUCUGUCCAGCCGAUAAUAAAUGCAUUUUUUACUCCUGAUUUACCCUUAGCUCUCUUCCCAGGAAUUCAUACGAUAACAGAACUCAUGAGUCACGCCUUCAUUGCUAAGUAGAUGUAAAUCCUAUAACCACAAAUCAUGGUCUUGCUGAGUUGAUUGUCACCGACUUUCACGAUCAUUCCGAUGGGAAAAUAAAACUUUUUCCUUGUUGUGUUGUAGCAUUGUAGCAAAACCAAUCGUUCAUGAUGAUGCAUAUCUUGAACUACCUGCGUACCUGUGUAUAUACUUCGUAUUAUAUACACACAUAUGUUAAUUAAUUAAAAUAUAAAAUCAUUAUAAUAAUAUCUUUUUGAAAGUAAUAAUAUUUAAUUCUAUUCAUUAGGGGUGGGCAUUUCGGUUUUCGGUUCGGUUUUCUUCGGUUUCGGUUCGGUUUCGGUUUAAUCGGUUUGAUAGAAAAUGUACCAAAUACAAACCGAUUAAGUUUCGGUUUGGUUUCGGUUUGGUAUGGUUCGGUUCGGUUUGGAGUUCGGUUUACCAAAGUAUUGAGGAUUGGAUUGAAAAAAAAAACUCAAAAUAAUGAACCAAGAAGCGAUAGUAUGAACCAAAUAUAUUGUUAGAUAUAAAUUUGCAAACAGUAACAAAACAUGUAUGAACUAAAAAUAUAUAAGCAUGACACAUUUGUAAGCAACAACAACAACGUGAAUGAAUCAAAUUAUAUAUAAAGUCAAAACAAAAACAAAAUUGGUGCUCGUAAGUAAUGAACCAAAUAUAUAGUAGUAGUAGAUAAUAAAUUAUACGUAGUAGUUAAAUACUAUCUACUUAAACCACUAUAAUUGUUACAGUUGUGAAUGUAACUCUUGUAGUAAACUAUAGUCCCGGACACUAAAAUUAAAGAAUUAAAUCUUCAAAAAGAUUAACAUCAAUCAAAUUAAUGAGAGAAAUCUUAUAUUUUGGUUUGGUUUAGUUUGGUGUAAGUAGGUUUUGAUUUGUUAUUUUAAAAAAAUAAGAAAUUAUUUCAUUUUUAGAUUAGUUCGGUUUUAUUCGGUUUUAUUCGGUUUUAUGAUUUCGGUUCGGUUUGGUUCGGUUUAAUACGGUUUGGCAGGAAUACUACCAAACUCAAACCAAACUACAAAUGGUUCGGAUUCGGUUCGGUUUAAUUCGGUUUGGUACGGUUCGGUUCGGUCAAACCGAACCAUUAUGCCCACCCCUACUAUUCAUAAUUAUAUGUCCUUUAAUGUAAUUUAAUUUGUCCAGUCACUUUUUCAUCUUUUUUUGCCAAAUGAAUUUACUUCAUUCAGCUAGCACUUCAGAUUCAACACAUUAAUAUUCAGUUUCAGACAAUAGUCUAUGUUUCAGACAAUUGUCUCUAAUUCAGACAUUAGCUUCGAGCUUCGUCUCGUUGUGCCAAACAUAGCCUUAAACUAACCAAAAGUUGCAAAGAAUGCGAGAAUAAUGCACCAAAAGCAAUUAAAUGAAAGAAAGCUAUCAAAUAAAAGCUGGAAGCUAAAAUGCAUUCUCAUCCUCAGUCCCUUGCAUUCUUUUUUCCCACUUUACCAUUUGGUAAUGAGUUCCUUGAGACUUUAGGUCCUUUCUGACACGCAACUCACCGUUUGUUUACCUACAAUGUAGGUUAAUAAUCAUCUAAAAAGUGACCGGAAGAACCAAAAGUCAAAACAUUUGAAAUCGCACACAAAAAAUUGUGAAACAAAAGUUGAGGGCCAAAAAUAAUAUUCCCUCCGUCUCGGAAUUAUCUUCAUUCUUUCCUUUUCGGUUCGUCCCAAAUUUAUCUCUAUUUUCCCUUUUUGGUAAAGAAUAUGUGGUUCACAACCAUUCUUACACAUUUCUCUCUCCUCUGCAUAACUCUCCACCACACAAAUCCCACUAUCUUAAAACCCGUGCCCGGUCAAAACCAGAGUUAAAUAUGGGACGGAGGGAGUACGUAGUAUUCUCUUCGUCCCAUUGGACUUUGACAACCUUUCCUUUCUGGUUAUCCCAAAAAACCUUGACACUUUCCAAUUAAAGCAAAUAAUUUGUGGUUCUACACAUUUAUCUCUCCUCUGCAUAAAUCUCAACCACACAGUUUUUACCUUUCUUAUUUCUCACCUACUUUGCACUUGUCAAAAUCCACCGGGACGGAGAUGGUAAGAAUAAUAAUAAUAACCUAAAAGUAGGAAAAAAUUCCAUUGUACUCAAACAGGUUCCAACCUACGUUACAAGAACCAGACCGGACUAGGAGGUUCGACCCGGAAACCGGCGAACUGGACCCAAAUCCAGUCGGAACCCGCUAAUGUAUCAAUAACUGGAAUUACCCAAUGGACUGCGCAGAACCGGACCGAAACCGGGACGACCCAAACCCUGGAAAUUCAAUCAACAUGGACUUGGAACGCAAAAAUGUUGCCGAAGGGAAUCGAUCCCUUGCUCUCCACGAGAAUCGGAUGCCACCAAACCAUUGUACUUUCCUCUGUAUUGUAUUAGUUGCAACAUUGCAAUUUAUACACUAUUUAUAUACUCUAUUUUGACCACAUUUUAUUCAUUAAUGAAUGUGAAAUAUAUUUUUCGAAAAAAAUUGUUGAAUUCAUCUCAUUAUUAAGUUUCAUAAUAUGAUUUUUAAUUACUUUUUACUAAUACAUAAUUAAAUAAAAUGACGGUCAAAGUUGCGUGUUGACAAACGUGAAAAAUGGAAUGUUGCAACUAAAAAAGAACGAAGGGGGUAGUACUUAACUACUUAAGCUACUUGGUAUAAUAUGCGCUUUAGCUAUUCUAAUAUUGUUUCCAAGUAUAUCGUGACGUAAGAAGGUGUUUAUAAUUAUUACUGCAAAUACAAAUCACAGUAAGAAUAAGAACAAAUAUUAUUUCUGUUAUUAAAAGUGAUAUUUAUUGUCUCCAAUUUCAAAUACAUUUUAAAAUUUGUAUAUUUUAGAACACUUUUUCCAUCAUUUGCAACGGAGCCAAAGACUCGCUGUUUUUUUGUUUAAGAAUAGGUAAAAUUUCCGAAAUAGAAGUAAAAAAGUUUGAAAAUUCCAAAAUAGGACUGCCAUGUUUUUAUUCCUAAAAUAGGAGUAAUUAUUGUCAUGUUUGGAAAAUAAUGUCAUGUUUAAAGUCAGUCUCUGGCAGUAAUUAGUCUUAUUUUGGGAAUAAAAACAUGAUAGUCCUAUUUUAGAAUAUACAAACGUUUUUAGCUCUAUUUAGGAUAAUUUUUCUUAGUAAUAUGAUGGAAUAAAGCAAAAUGACUCACUAGUUUGCGCUUCUUUGUUAUGAAGCAGCAAUCAGUUCAUACAAUUUUUGACGUGAUUUUCACUAUGAGUCAUCCGGAAACAGUCUCUGUACUUUAGUACAGGGGGUAAAGUACCGUAGGUGGGGAGCCUUUGCGAGGAGUAAUGAUGAUGAUGAUGAUAAUUUAGAACACUUGUUUAUUUUCCAUGUUUGUCAAGUAUUAUCAUAUUUUUAUUUUAGUCAAUUUUGACUGGGUCUAUUGACCGUUGACGGGGUCAUUUCUCCCGCUCGCCCUCUGAUCCGGUUUUGACAAGAUAGGUUACAUCACCCACUUUCUACUAAACCAACAAUGUUUUCAGGAUAUGGGAAACCUUUAUGGUAGUUCUGGUCAUCUACACAGCAUGGGCGUCUCCUUUUGAAUUCGGUUUCCUUAAAAAACCAGAAGGGCCAUUGUCUAUUAUUGACAAUGUUGUCAACGGAUUUUAUGCAAUAGAUAUAGUCCUUACCUUCUUUGUGGCAUACCUGGAUAGGACCACAUACCUUCUAGUUGAUGACAGAAAACAGAUUGCUUGGAAGUAUGGGAGUACUUGGUUGGCAUUUGAUGUCGUAUCCACAAUCCCCUCGGAGCUGGCCAUGAAAAUCAUGCCAAAACCUCUAAGAUCAUAUGGAUUAUUCAAUAUACUUCGCCUCUGGCGUCUCCGCAGGGUUGGUGCUUUAUUUUCCAGGCAAGUUCUUUGGCUCCUUUUUUGUAGGGUCUGUUUGGUAAGUGUUAUUUGUCUGAAUCUGCUGAAUGAGUUUUAUGAAAAGAAGAAGAUGAGGAAAUAUUGUUUGUCAUAAAGCAAAGAAAAAGGUUAUUAGAGCUUAAAAUGACUGAAGUGGCCGAAUUUGGUGAGUAGCAAAUAUAAAGUGAGUAGCAAAAGUAAAGGUAUUAAGGUACUUUCAAAUGAAAAAUAUACAGAAAGGGAAAGUGAUGAAAGCAUUAAAAUUUUCUAAAACGCGAUGUGAUUUGUCCAAUCACAACUAAUCUUUUUUUUUCUUUACGCAGAUUGGAGAAAGAUAGGAAAAUUAACUAUUUCUGGGUUCGUUGUGCAAAGCUUAUUUGCGUCACUUUAUUUGCUGUACAUUGUGCUGGAUGCUUCUAUUAUCUUCUGGCUGCUGAUUAUCGUGACCCAAAGAUGACAUGGAUAGGGGCAUCUAUGGAAAACUUCCUUCAUAGGAGCCUAUGGAUUCGCUACAUUACUUCAAUAUAUUGGUCAAUCACAACCCUCACUUCUGUUGGUUAUGGUGACCUACAUGCAGUGAAUACUCGGGAGAUGAUUUUUGACAUUUUCUACAUGCUCUUCAACUUGGGGCUUACUUCUUACUUGAUAGGAAACAUGACUAAUUUGGUGGUCCAUGGUAACAGCAAGACCAGGCAAUUUAGAGACACCAUUCAAGCCGCAUCGAGUUUUGCUCAAAGGAAUCAUUUGCCAGUUCGUCUUCAAGACCAGAUGCUUGCACAUUUGUGCUUAAAGUUUAGAACAGAUUCAGAGGGGAUCCAGCAGCAAGAGACUCUUGAUUCCCUUCCCAAAGCCAUCAGGUCAAGCAUAUCACAUUUCCUCUUUUAUUCCAUGGUUGACAAGGCCUACCUUUUCCACGGAGUAUCAAGUGAUUUACUCUUCCAACUGGUUUCGGAGAUGAAACCGGAGUACUUUCCACCCAAGGAAGACGUAAUCCUGCAAAAUGAAGCUCCCACAGAUUUCUAUAUUCUAGUGACUGGAGCUGUGGAUCUAUUGGUUCUUAAAAAUGGAACUGAACAGGUUGUCGGGGAGGCAAAAGCGGGAGAUCUAUGUGGUGAGAUAGGGGUUUUGUGUUAUAGGCCUCAGAUAUUCACAGUACGAACGAAACGUUUGAGCCAACUUCUACGGAUGAACCGGACCACGUUUCUGAAUAUCAUUAAGGCUAAUGUUGGUGAUGGGACCAUAAUCAUGAACAAUCUUCUUCAGCACCUGAAGGAGAUGAAGGAUGAUCCAAUAAUGGAAGGAGUCCUGUUAGAGACAGAAAAUAUGUUAGCAAGGGGGAGAAUGGAGUUACCUUUGACCCUUGGCUUCGCAACACAAAGGGGAGACGAUUUGCUGUUGAAUCACUUGUUGAAGAGGGGUUUAGACCCAAACGAAUCAGAUAACAAUGGGAGAACCGCCCUUCAUAUAGCAGCAUCCAAAGGAUAUGAAAAGUGUGCCAUUCAUCUUCUGGACUUUGGAGCCAAUCCCAACCUUAUAGAUUCUGAAGGGAGUACACCCUUAUGGGAAGCCAUCUUGGGAAAACAUGAACCGAUCAUCAAGCUACUGUUGGACAAAGAUGCAAACAUAUCUGCUGGGGACGUUGGUCAGUUCGCAUGCAUUGCUGCCGAGCAGAACAACCUCGACCUCCUCAAAGAAAUCACCCGUUGUGGUGGGGAUGUAACCCUGCCAAGAACCAAUGGCCCCUCGAAGACAGCUCUCCACUACGCCGUUUGUGAAGGCAAUGUCGAGAUGGUCAAAUACCUGUUGGACCAUGGGGCUGCCAUCCAAAAGCCAGACGAGUACGGGUGGACCCCAAGGGAUCUGGCUGAGCAACAAGGGCACGAAGACAUUACUGUGCUCUUUGAAUCCCGAAAUGAUCAAUCCAUCACCGCCACGGUGCCUGAAGACCCGCCUGGUAGGGUCAGCUUUCUCGGGAGGUUCAAAAGUGAGCCCAAAAUGUCUCCCACGACACAAACCGAGGGACCGUUUGGGGGGCAGUCUCGCCCCAGGCGUAGGACAAACAGCUUCCACAACUCGCUGUUUGGUAUAAUGUCGGCUGCCCAAAGCAUUGACCAACCAAUCCUCUUACCAGUUGCAGAAACCACCACAGAAAAUCCCUACCGCAAGAGGGUAACAGUUAGUUGGCCUGAGAAAGGAGACAUUGCAGGAAAGGUUGUGUUACUACCUAAGAGCUUCAAAGAGCUACUAGAGAUCGGGGUUAAGAAGUAUGGAUUCUUGCCUUCCAAGAUUCUGAGCAAAUCAGGGGCAGAAAUAGAUGAUAUUGGAUUGAUCAGAGAUAAUGAUCAUAUUGUUUUUGCAAAUGAUAAUAGAAAUCCAGAUGUAAAAUGACUAAACUCUGGCAUGUGUUGAUCUGCCAAUGAAGAUAGAAGAUUGCCCUUCAAGCAGUGGAAGCCUAAUACACCUUUAACAUUAUCCAAAUAGUUUUAUGCGGGUUAGACAAAAGAGGAGUGCACUAGACAGUACCUGUAAAGAUUCCAGUGAGGAUCAUACCUAGCACUGAAAAUAAUUCCAAAAUGAACUUAUGACAGUAUGCUAAAAAGAAAAG